AUGCAGUCCGGCAUCCUACUAUACGUCCAUUUCGCUGUUCUCAUACUUAAGCUCAUCCCCGCAGUCACACGAUGUAUCCGUCGGUGUACGAAGAGAGCACGAUCCACGACUAAGAUUCAGUUCGGCCAGCACCACUUCUCAGUCCUGAAGUCCAUGCUGGUGGAGUUCCAAGAGGCUCAAUGCUUCUUCAUGCUCUCCUUCCAGUGCGCUGCCCUGAUUGCUCUCGCGGCUGGCCCGCAAGUUUUCGAGGCAACCAGCUUGCUGCAGCUACAGUCGAAUAUUUCCAUGGCCAAAGCUGUCGCAUUCAUGGGUAUCCUUCCUAUUACGUACGGCUUAUGGAUACUCCACAGGAUUGGCUUGCAUUCAUGGUAUAUCUCCGUGUGGUCCGCUAUCACAAUUGUGACUUCUAGCGUCACGCUCCACCUGUGCAAGGUGGAGCCUCGAGCGGACAAUCUACAGGAGAUCGCGACAGCAGAUCGUCUUGAUAAAUGUGGUUUUCACCCACCUCCUCUCAUAUACUGUCGCUCGGAUUCUGAGUUAGGGUCAAGCUACAGCCUUGUGAAUAAUCUGACCUUCGGACUGUCCGACAAUACCGCGAACUUCGUCUGCAUUGCGAUCUACGGACUCCUCCUUUUGAAACGUCUCGCCCCUUAUCCCAAGCGAUGGCUGGGCCAGAAGCCAUGGUUUCAGGCAACUUACCACCGCGUCCACCCGUGGCUAGUAUCAAGAGGAAUCAGGAUCCUUUCUAGGGCCGUGAAUGUAAUCAUUGAAACCCUUCUCCUAGUCACCAACUUCUUCUAUUCGUUCAUGGUUAUAGCACGAAGUCUUCCGACAAUCUCACUUGAUUCGUGGAGUUUCGGUCAAAUCAUCGCCGUGACUAUCUGGUCUCCUAUCGUCAGCAAAUAUCUCUACUGGCUUUUGUGUACGUAUCUCGCUUUUCUCUCUACGCCCGUGCCCUUCUUUUGCUUUAUACUGAUAACGGAAAUAGUCGGCACGGACUCCUACUCCGCCAUCCGAUUCCCAUCCCCCUACAAAAUUAUCCGAGUCAAAACAAUCAACGAAGAAGAAAACCCCGACGACGAAGAUCGUCUUUUCAUUCAUCUCCCCUCCACAAGCGACCUGAACAUCAACCCGAACUCGAAAAAAUUCAUUGUCACCGACGUAGAAUUAACCCCGGUUAACGACUCAAAGACAUCGUCGGUUAGUACGCGACAUUCCCAAUUUCCUAUCUAG